AUGUCUGAUUCAAACUCAAUCCAAUCACUUUCUUCCAAAGACACUCAAGUUUCAUCUGAAAAUACUCCAGUUAGUAAAGUCCGUACAGUAGGUGCUGGAAAUGAGUUUGUCAUUAUAGGAAAUCACAAAUAUUACAGACAUGAAUUAAUGGGAGCUAUGGCUGGUUAUUUAUAUCCUGGAGUUCAUCCUGCUCCAGUUCAUAAAUUCGGUAAUUCUGCUGCCGUGGGGUUAGUGGCCUUUGCUACAAGUACUCUUAUCAUGUCGUUAUAUGGUGUGCAUGCCAAAGGGAUUGUGGUGCCAAAUAUGGCUGUUGCUACUGCUUUUUUCUUUGGUGGUAUUUGUCAAAUUCUUUCUGGGACUUGGGAUUUAGUCACUGGUAAUACUUUUGGUGCAACUGCUAUGACAUCAUUUGGAUGUUUUUGGUUAAGUUAUGGUGCAAUGAUGACUCCAAGUUUUGGAAUUUUGGCAGCAUAUAUGGAACAAGAUCCAACUCAACUUGAAAAUGCUAUUGGGUUUUAUUUAAUUUCUUGGGCUAUUUUAGCAUUUAUGCUUUUAUUGUUAACUUUUAAAUCAAGUGUUCCAUUCAUUUUAUUAUUUUUCAACAUUAUGAUGACAUUUUUAUUACAAGGAGCUGGUGCUAUGGCAGGUAGUGCAAAAACUACAUUAGCUGGAAAUUAUUUUGGUAUGUUCACGGCAACCUCUGGAUUUUAUAUGGCUUAUCUUGGUAUGGCUACUCCACAAAAUUCUUAUUUCCAAUUACCACAUAUUCCUGUUUCAGAUGCUUAUUAUGCUGGUCAUUAA